AUGGAGGAGCCAGACCCAGUCGCCACAACGAGCCCUGUCGUCCCUUUGGACAGUGAUAUCCUAAAAGUCCUCUACGGCAUCCUCGGCCCCUCCAUCCUCGGUCUUAUGGGGAAUCCCCUGGCGAUCGCCGUGGCCAGUCGGAGCCAGAAUAGGCUCUCCCCGUCUGUGUACAUCAUAGCCAUGGGUGUGGCUGAUUCCGUGUAUCUCCUCGAAGCCGUUUGCUUCGUUGUCUGCCAGAAGCUAUUCGACGAAGGAAUGAUGUUGAAUCACGUGACAUUAUUGACCAGAAUUAACGUUUACGUGGCAUUCAGCAGUGGGACACUCUCCAGCAUCUUCCUCUCUGCCAUGUCUCUCGACCGACUCCUGGCUGUCCGGUUCCCGAUGAAAGCAACCACUCUAUGUACUGCUGCAAGGGCCAAGGUGGCGGUCAUCGUGGCCUCUUUAUCCGUCCUUGCUAUCAACAUACACUUGUUCUACGUGGUUCAGUACUUUUGGGACCCUCAACUAGGGUAUUAUCUAACUAUCAUCACCUCACCUGGCCACCCAGCCCUGGAGGUGUUCUCCUCGUGGUUUCAGAUGCUUGCGGGGACAAUCCUACCAUUUGUCAUCAUAUCCACCAGCAAUGUCUUCAUCAUUGUGACAAUACACCACGCGUCUCAAGAACGCAGCAAAAUGGAAUAUGGGGACAACGAAAAGCGAGGACGGGAGACCGUAUACCUCACUCGGAUGUUGAUAUUUAUUAGUUUGGCGUAUAUCAUCCUGUCUGUCCCAUACCGCUGGUACACUCUCGGCACGAAGAUCCCGUCAAUUUCAAAGCUGUACAACAUGAGCCGGGUCUCCUCAAGAAAGCAGUUUAUGAUGGGCGCGUUGUCCGCCAGUAUUCUUUGGUCGUUUAACUACGCCAUUAACUUCUUUCUGUAUUGUGUUGGAGGAGGUGCCAAGUAUCGAAGAGAGACAGUCUUUAUCCUAAGACGAAUAUUUUUCUGUAAACAUUAG